AUGUCUACUGGAGAGGCCCAAACCAUCGAAGAGUUGACGACAGCCAUCUCGACCCAAGGACAACCUGAUGCAAAAACCAGGAGAUACGACCGCCAGCUAAGACUAUGGGCAACUGCAGGACAGAAUGCACUUGAAUCUGCUCGAAUACUCGUGGUCGGGUCCACUGCUACGUCCAGUUCGAUCAUGAAGAAUCUUGUGCUUCCAGGUAUUGGCCACUUCACUAUCAUGGACCACCGAUCAGUGUCUUCGGAGGACGUGGGGAACAACUUCUUCCUUGAAUACAGUAGUAUUGGGAAGCCCCGAGCUGAGGAAGCAAUCCGGUUGCUGUCUGAAUUAAACGAUUCUGUUGAAGGCGUCGCCAAUACUUCAAAUAUCGAAGAAGUCCUCGAAAAAGAUCCAGCAUACAUUACAGGCUUUACGUUGGUCAUUGCACACAACUUGCCCGAUGGUCCUUUGCGAAAGCUAGCCUCUUUGCUUUGGUCUAAUGUAGCGCAUCCUCCACUAGUGGUUGUACGUACAGCCGGGUUCCUAGCCGAUUUUACCAUUCAGUUACAUGAGCAUGCGGUUGUGGACUCCCACUCUGAGACAGCACCCUCCCUCAGGAUCGACAAGCCUUUCCCCGAGCUUCUCGAGCAUUCACUCUCCCUGGACUUUCCGGCGAUGGAUCCGACAGACCAUGGGCAUGUACCCUAUGUCUAUAUCCUCGUGCGCGCGAUGCAUGAUUGGAAAGCAGCGUGUGGCGUGGGGAUGCUGGGUUAUCAUCCCAAACGCUUCACAGGUUACGGCGAUGAAGGUCAAAUAGACGAGGAAAACUUUGACGAGGCCGUUGCACAAGCUUACCGUGCAUGGACCCUAACAGACGUGCCGAGAGAUAUUCAAGCCCUAUUUGCCGAUGAGAAAUGCACUGGUUACCUCAAUGCUGCUGGAAACGGGGGUGUCGGGACGAGUCAAUUCUGGGCCCUUCUCCGCGCCUUGCAUUUGUUCACCGCUGCUCGAGCAAUAUAUUGGGUGCAGGCUAUGUACAAGCGACAAGCCGAUGCCGAGCGCAAGGAAUACAUAGGGCUCCUACGAGAGGUGGUGGCGCAGACUGGUCAGAGGCACGUUGAGGGUGAUGGGGAAGUUCCAGGUAUCUCAGACGAUGCGAUUGAAUGGGGGGCCUUGAGGCCAGAUGCUAUUGCCCAGUCCUUGGCUAUUGCUCCGUCCGGAACUGCGACCUUCGCUGCACUUGGCACGCGUUUUGCAUUCGAAACUACCCACGGCCGAUCACCUACCCCAGGAUCAGACGAGGAUUACGUUCUACUCGAGCAAUGCUUCAAUACAUUGAUUGGUGGUGAUGCUGGUGAAGAGGGCAAGAUAGCGCUGGGCGAGCUACACCGAGCACCAACGGCCGAAUUGCCAACAACAGCGGCGCUAGUAGGAGGACUAGUUGCUCAGGAGGCGAUCAAGGUUAUCACUCGACAAUACAUACCCAUCGACGGGACGUGCAUAAUCGAUCUAGUCUCCUCAACGACAGCCACGAUUAAGGUCGCCUGCCUUUGUGCGCUCGUUAUCCGCGUUAUUUCCUGGCGCAUUCGACGCGGCCGCCUGCCAGCUGGUCCGCCAGCUCAUCCGAUAUGGGGACAUGUCGACCUGGUCAAGUCUCCUAGGUUGCAUCUUAUUGCUGCGGAGUGGACGAAGUCAUUUGGAAAUUUAGUCACUCUUCAUUUUAUGGGCACAAAUACGGUUAUUAUCAAUUCGGCCGCUGACGCUGUUGAAUUGCUGGACAAGCGUGCUGCUUCGACAAGCGGACGACCCCGUGAAGUGAUGAUGGGAGACGUCAUGGGUUACAACACAUCGGUUGGUCUCCAUCAACCCGAUGAGCGAUUCCGCAAGCUCCGCCGGGUCAUGGCGAGCGCUAUGCAUGCCACGGCAGUGCGAAGUUACCAACCCAUUGAAGUUAAUAACGUCAAGUAUAUGCUCCGCCGAAUGGCCGGUUUGGGCGGGAGCAUGUUGACAAACAAUGACAAGGUGAAUACAGCCAGCGUCAACCAGGCGAUGGGAGUAGGCCAUCCUGCGAGCUCAGCGCAGCCAAUGUCGCUUGUUCGAGAAGCGGCCACUCGAUUUAUCCUGAACGUAGCUUACGGACACGAAGUCAAACCUCAUGAUCCUUUCAUCGGCCUUAUUCAUGCCGCCAUGAUGAAGAUCCGGGAAGGGAAAUAUCCGAUUGUUGAGGCAUUCCCAUGGCUGGUCAACCUUCCUCGGUGGUUACCUGGAACUCGAUUUCUUCAAGUUGGGGCCGAAGGACACGCACUGCGGGAGGCAUAUGCCGGAGGCCAUUCGAGCAAGUUAAGACCGAAAUGGUUCUUUCGUAUCCAAUUCUUAGCAAUCAAGGGUGGGCCCGACGAGGCGACUGCACACGACCAAGAUUUGAUCAAGUGGACUGCGUCGGCAAUCUUUGUUGGGGGCAGUGACACGGGGAAAGACUGUGGCGGUGAUCAACACUUUCCUCCUCAUGAUGGCCGCAAACCCGGGCGUUCAAAAACUUGCGCAGGACGAAAUCGUGAGAGUAUUAGGAGCCAAAGGUCAUAUUCAGGAGCUCCGGCUACCGCUGGUACUGAAGGAGAGGUCUCAACCAAUGCAUGUAUUAUUCCCGUUCCGGAGCGUUUGCCAGGAUUCGAAGACCGACAUCAACUGCCAUAUCUUGAAGCUGUAUUCAAGGAGGUAAUGAGGAUAAACCCUGGCCUGAGUAUGGGCUUGCCGCACGCUGUUACACAAGAAGAAAUAUACCACGGCUACACCUUUCCGGUUGGAACUAUUAUACGUGCGAAUCUUUGGGCAAUCCUCCACGACCCAGCACUCUAUUCUUCACCACACACCUUUGAACCCAAACGACAUCUUGGGCCACAUGCGGACCCUAAUCCGCUGCGGUAUGUGUUCGGCUUCGGUCGUCGCAUUUGCCCUGGCGUGCACCUCGCUGCCGAUCAGCCAUGGCUUGCUAUGGCGGGCAUUUUAUCCACGUUUAACGUAGUAGGAGGAAAGGGGUUGAUCGAAGAGGCUAAGUUGCGGACCAUGGGAUAUGUUUGA